CAUACAUAUACCAUAAGUUAUUGAACCAUUCUCCAACUGAUGGGCAUCCACUCUGCUUCUAGUUCCUUAUCUUGGCAUUAUAUUCUUAGGUGAUGGAGAAAUGGAAAACAAAUUGUAGAUGUAGUUGAAACUCAAGAAAGAUCUUAAAUUUUUUUGAACAUUUAUUUCAUUUUGAUUUUGCUUUGUGUGCUUCUGCCUUUGUAAAUCACUUAUUACCUAAAUCAAGACUUUUCCUAUAAAAUAUCAUCUAUAUCCAUAAUUAAUGAAUCACAGAAUACUUCAGCAGCCAUUUAAUCUAAUGAAUCCUUGAAAAUAAUCUUUAAAAAAAAACAUUGGACAAGGGAACAUUGAAUUCUUUCUUGAAGACCUGUGAGGGAUAAUCCAAUACUUCAAGGCAGCACAUUCUUUUUGGGUAACUCCAAUUGCUGAAAGCAAGACUGUCGACUAAUAGAAAAUGAUGAAAAAGAUUGAAUUACUUUCCAAUGACAGCCCAUUGAAUCCUGAAGACAAAUGAGUAAAAUCAAUAAAAACGUGAUUUUGGCUCUUUUAACUCUGACAAGUUCAGUGUUUCUGCUAUUUCAGUUAUACUACUACAAGCACUAUUUAUCUCCAAAGAAUGGAGCUGGUUCAUCAGGAGCCAAAGGAAGUAAAGUUGGAAACAAUAAUAUACAAUGGCGUGCAGUUAAGAAAUUUCUUAAGCUAGCAUCAAGCCAAGAUAUGCCAGUUUUUCUUAUUGAUCCUUUGAUUCUGGAAGCGAUUAAUAGAGAUUUUGAUCAGGUUAAAAACUCUUCUUAUGGCAGUGUCUUGGAAUGCAAGUACUUAUGUGCUAAAAGAGACUUUACUACAUUUGCAUUACUGGAUCAUUUAUUGAAAAAUGAGGAGAAUUGGUUUCAAAUAGCUGAGAGAAUGGGAUUCCAGUGCCUAAAGAUUCAGAGCAAAGAUCCCCGCCUAGAUGGAAUAGAUUACCUCUCUGGAACUGAAAUCCCCUUGCACUAUAUCCUCAAGCUAGCAACUCAUGCCAUUCACCUGGUGAUUUUCUAUGAAAGAAGUGGCAACUACCUCUGGCAUGGACAGUUACGACUUAAAGGACACUCAGACAGAAAGUUUGUGCCUUUUCGGAAGUUACAGUUUGGUCAUUAUCCAGGAGCUUUUGACAGGCCAGAAUUACUACAAGUUUCUGUUGAUGGACUAGAAGUACAGAUUCCAAAGGACCUUACCCACUUUCUAGAGGAAGUACCCCAUUCUAGGUUUAUUGAAUGUAGGUUCAAAGAAGCACGUGCUUUCUUUCAGAAGUACCAUGAUGACAUCUCUGUGGAGGCAAUGAUGUUUCAGAAGAAUGCAAAAGUAUUGUUACACCUGGCAGCUGCAACAUUAAAGGAUUUGGGAGUCCGAUUUUGGCUCAGCAGUGGGACUUGUCUUGGCUGGUAUCGGCAGUGCAGUAUUAUUCCUCACAGCAAAGAUGUGGAUUUGGGGAUUUUUGUACAAGACUAUACAUCAGAUAUAAUUACAGCUUUUCAGAAUGUAGGACUUCCGUUAAAACACAAGUUUGGAAAGGUAAAAGACAGUUUGGAGCUAUCUUUCCAGGGAAAAGAUGAUGUGAAACUUGAUAUUUUUUUCUUCUAUGAAGAGACUGAUCACAUGUGGAAUGGAGGCACUCAGGCCAAAUCAGGAAAAAAGUUUAAAUACCUGUUUCCUAAAUUUACACUCUGUUGGGCAGAAUUUGUAGAAAUAAAGGUCCGAGUGCCCUGUGAAAUUCUCAACUACAUUGAAGCCAACUAUGGCAAGACCUGGAUGAUUCCUGAGAAGACUUGGGACUGGAAGAGCUCCCCAUUUAAUGUGCAGCCCAAUGGGAUCUGGCCUGUUGCUGAAUGGGAUGAUGUUAUUCAAUUAUACUAAGUCAUUGAACUUAUUAUUAAACAAGAUAUUUCUCCUUGUCAAAAGAACUUCUUAAAUUUAAUAUUUUUAUGUUAUAAAAAUUACUGGGUUUUUGUCAAAUAUUCUUACUUAAAUGGAAGGAGAAAAAAAAGAUUCAGAUGAACAAAAGUAUUUUUAAAAACCAACCCAGACCUCUAGCCAGGUGACUUGGUAUCUAUUUCUUUAUUCUUUAAGACUAAAAGAUCAAGGAUAGUGAUUAGAAAGUCAUAUUUUCAGGUGUUGGUAUUAAGUUGCAUGGGGCAGUUAUAUCUCAGGAACGAUGUGUAUGAGACCUAUUCA